AUGAUUGUACCAAUUAGGUGUUUCACCUGUGGCAAGGUCAUUGGCCAUUUAUGGGAGCGCUGGCUUGAUCUGCUCAAGCAGAACGUGAACGAAGGGGAUGCGCUAGAUCGCCUAGACCUGACCAGAUACUGCUGCCGUCGUAUGAUAUUAACACAUGUUGACCUUAUAGAAAAACUAUUGGUAUACAACAUAUACGACAAACGCAACCAAGACCACAUGUAA